GACAUACUCUACAAGAUGCAAAAGGUUUCGUUUCGAUUGGUCCAUCCGUCUCGGAGUAAUCGGCGAACAUACAUAAAAAAAAAAUUACUCCCCCUUUUUCGAAGUCAGUUAAAAAAGUAUCGCAAGAUAGCAUUUAGGUAAAUCGAUGAGUGACGAUGAUCUCUCAUUGAACGGAUACUUUGAUGGAUGAAAAUCAUAGCGGUUGGAAAUGUAAUUACCCGUUCUCCUUAACGUAAUCGGCAAGACGAUCGCCUAUCUCGCGGCUCGAUGAUUCGGUGUCGUUAAAGGGAAUGCUUUCACGCCACCCUGGGGAGCAGCCUGCCGGAGACAUUAUCACCGGGUAGGCCUACGGAAUUAAUAUGAGCCCGUAGACUCCAUCUUCGUUCACGAUACAUCGAAACUUUCCAGCUUUAAAUAGGCAAAAAGUAAUCGAAGCUUGUCGAGAUAAGAAUAGGGAGGAAGAAUGUUUUUAUCGAGAUUAACGAAUAGAAGAUCAUUAGGCGUGCAGAGGAAAUAUGCGCGUUUCGUUGAAGCCAGCAAUUACGAGCAGUGUCAUAACGUUUCUCACGAAAAUGCAAUUUGCCCCGAAAACCUCGACGAUACGAGAGACGCGUUUCGAUAUUGCGACGCUCGUUAAUACCGCGACUCACUUCCGUCACUUUAAUAGAUGUCGCCGGGGAAAAUCAAUUUGUUCCAAUUUGCGUGUUCCGCUCAGAUUUCCGCGAGGACGGACUCGAACGGGUUCGAGUCCGCGUGUACGAUAGAGAAUCGUUCAUCCUUAACGAACGUACGGAUGGUAGGAUACGGCGGUCGGUGAACGCGUAUCAAGCAUUGUCCUUUUUCCUUCCGUUGCUUUUUAUUUACUUCGAUCCUUCACGGUCCGCGUUAUAAUUUUUAUCGGCUUCCGCGCGCCGGCAAUAUCCGUUUCGAGCACUCCGAUGAAAUGAAUCGCAAUAUUUGCCGGCCAGAUUGACGGGGCAAAUUUUCGAGCGGUCGAUCGAUCCGAUGGCCAAUAACGAAAAUUUUCGUGAAAAACACCGGCUCGAGUCGGGCAAGCAAGAAAAUUAUAUUUUUCAACGAAAUUCCCGUGGAAUUUUCGAAGCGCCGAUAUCGAGUUUGAAUAAUUAAAAACUGAAUCGAAACUUGACGAUAGGAAAAAAAAUAAACGAGAAUGCUUUACACGUUCGAUUGAGUUACGUAAACAAUUUAACGGAUACUUUUGCGAGUAGCGAGAGCGAUUCGAAGUGUAUGAUAUUCGUUCGUUUUAAUGAAUCGAACGUAACAGGAUUUCUAUUUUCAAAUAAGCAACGAUAAGUCGUAGGGAUGGAAGGGAAAUGGAGGGAACGGGUCGAUUAGGUCCGUAUAGGCCUCUGGGUGGCAGUGAAGCGAUCGGAACGCGUCGCGUAACAGCGUCCGGCUGCUAUGUCAGGUCCACGGAGUGAAGUAAAAUGGACUUGAAGGGUUAUGGCCAGCCAUCCGUGGGCUUAUGGGCUGAUCGCGACCGAUAGAAUCAGCGUUCUGGCUCCGUGCUUUUGCUCAUAAUCACUUUUCGAUUAAUUAAAUUUUACGCCCUCUGUCGUCGAUAAACAUUAAAUUUAACGGGUCGCUCCUGCCACGCCGUUACUACCGGUUACGGUCUAUAAGCGAGACACUGCCAUCGUAACCUCUCUAAAUACAAAAUGUUACUUGCUUUGCAUCUUUUUUUUUUCCACUCACCUCUUUUACAUAUCGUACGAAGAUUCUGCUCGCGCGACAUCAAUUUCGAUCGAACUGGACGAGAAAGGAGAGGAGUAAUACACGACGGAACAAUCGCGUCGAUUGGAUCGAACGUCUACAAGAAUAUCGGUUCAAUUAAGAAUGAUAGGUGCAUCAUAAGAUUACCGAUCAUCAAUAUCCAAGAGUGCUCGGAGCUUGUGCAAGUUUCAAAGAGGACAAAAGUUCACCGAAGAGUAUCCCGGCAAAAAGUUCGAUGAAUAACAUCAGCAUGGAGCACGUUAACUGGAAGAGCGUGUCCUCGCGAGUUCUCGACGUCAUUAGUUUGCCCCUUAAUUAGCCCGUGUGACCCGUUCUUCGUGUCGGUGCGGAUCGUGGAAGCCAGUUCGCAAGUUCUCGAAGCUUUGGUCCGGGAGAGAGACCAGUUUCUCAGGCUCGUUAGAAGCUUAAGGAAAAAGCACGUUAGGGGUGGGAUAGCGUAGGAACGUGGACACCCACGAAGACGUGCCCCUUUUCGCGAUGCCCUAUCGUCACCCCGUGCUUAUUCCGCCCCUUAAGCUCUGGCCACACCCGCAAUCAUGCGCAGUUUCCACCCAUCGUCCAAUGAAAGCUCGAGAGCUUGCAAGCUCUGCCGAGCGGCUUUCGAGCCGAACCACUCCGACAAACACCACGUGCCACGCGGCCGAGUUGCACGUGCGUCCGCGGAGCUGUCGAGCUUUUGCGCGUCGCGCUCACCAAUCGAAGCUUUCGUCUUCGAGGAAAGAGUCUACGCAGACCUUUCGUUACUUUCCAAAUUCUUUCAAUCCUUAAUCAUCCACUUUGAUCGUUGAAUAUCAUUUCGAUCGACUGUUACUCUGCUACCUGGUUCCGUACACCGAAAACGUACUGGCGAACCAGAAGGAGACACUACUAGUGCUCUGUGAUACUUGGAACAUUGACAAAUCGAGCGGUGAACGUAGCUGGAGGAAGAAAGUGUAGAGACUUUGACAGAAUCACAAGAAAACGAAAUACAAAGGCGACAUCCAAAGGGUGAUAAAAAAUGACGAUGGAUGUGAGUAAAAGCGAGCCGAGCAAGAACGGGACUGUUCAACAGGAAUGCGCUGGUUGUGGAAAAGUAAUUACGGAGAGGUACCUUCUGAAGACAUUGGACAUGUUCUGGCACGAGGAUUGCUUAAAAUGCAGCUGCUGUGACUGCAAACUCGUGGAAGUUGGCUCGACCCUCUACACAAAGUCCAAUCUCAUACUGUGCAAGAAGGAUUAUCUAAGACUGUUCGGAAGCAGCGGACACUGUGCUGUGUGCAAUAAAAUCAUACCGGCUUUCGAGAUGGUGAUGAGGGCAAGGACCAACGUGUAUCACCUGGAAUGUUUCGCUUGUCAACAGUGCAAUCACAGAUUCUGCAUAGGCGAUAAAUUUUAUCUGUGCGAGAACAAAAUCCUGUGCGAAUACGACUACGAGGAGAGACUAGUUUUCGCAAACAUGGCACUACAUCCGCCACCGACCGCUACGUUGGCGCAUAUCAAGAGACAAGUGACCCAUCUUCAGCCACAGACAAUAUCACCGGGAGGCCCGCAGAGACAAGCGAACGGAGAGACAACCCAUAACCACAAUGGGUAUCCCGCGCUGCCGAGCUUGAGCAACCAUAACAUCCUGAACCCCAUGAAUAAUUUAAAUGGUAUCAAUGCACAAACACCUUACGAUACUAAAUGACAAACGAAGUAAACGCCUACUGUAUCGAUCGAAUCGCGAAUCGCGUUGCCAAAUUUCUUUAACGAACACGGACGUCUUCUAUCAUCAUUAUCCUAGUAGCCAGUUCUCGGAGUCGUUACUUGAGAAUCUUAAAAAAGAUCUGCUUUCGCGUCUCGAGGUUCGUUAAAAAAUAAGUUUAACACGUUGACUGCCACGAUGAAAAUUAUUAAUAAUAAUAUUACCUACAUAAAAUUUUCUUAGUUUAUUUAAUUCUGCAAUCUUCACUGCAGUCAACGCGUUAAAAAAAAAAAGACGAUCGAAUCACGCGUAGAUGCACGUUAACAAUUAUUAUCAAGGAUUCUAUUUCUUCGGAAUCAUAGACAUUUAAGGCGAUACCUAUCGCGUGACGAUUUUUAACGAACGUCGGUGAAUCGUCGACUCGCAUUCACUCAGACUGUACUGAACAAUUUACUCGCGCGACUUUAUCGUGAAUACGAUAUGCGUCCAAAUACAUAUUUAUGAUAAGGUGUAUCGACAAGUAACCAUAUUCUGUCGCAUUAGGCGACACCCUAAGGCUGUACGAGCGAAGCGCGCGAGGGCUAUUGGUGCUGUUUUAGACGAAAUUUAAUUGUUCGAAUCUCGCAGGCUAAAUUAGAACGUAAAAAAUCAAUGUACGGACGUUGAAGAACGGAAAGGAGAGGCGAUGGAAGAGAAAGAGGGAGAGAGAGGGAACAGGUUAGAGCACACGGGGAAACAAUGCGGGUAAACCGAAUGCUCAGGGGUGAUCAAAGUUUGGCCGUUCUUGUAGUCGACUUUGCUGUCCGUUGCGGGCAACGCCGGUAAAUCUAGCUUUACCGGACUACCGGACCAACGGACUACCGGAGGUAGAACUCGAGGAAUGGCCACGGGGUGAAAUUGGUGAGCGAGGUCGAGCUUGGCAGAUCGAAUCGGUAGCUGGUCUUCGGCAUCGAAACAGGGCCUCGCCACCCCUUGGGGCUCAUACGUUAAGGGGUGACUUAAGCAUUGUUUCAACUUCGAAUCUCUCGCUAGAGGGCCAGAUUGAUGUCACGAACUUUUCCGUUGCCUUAUUUGCGAGUCAGAUAACGAGGCUGAGUUAUGCCGAAAGUUCUCUCUUUCUCUCGGCUUGGCCGGGCGCUAUCAGAGACGAGCAGCGACCGGAGAAAAUGUUUUAUUCCCUUUUCCAUGCCAUACACUACGAGAGAUUUGUCGGCGACACGGCUACAGAAAGAGUUUCGCAAUCUCUCGAACGGUAAUAGGCUUAUGUCAUUGUCAGACACGAUAAUUUUCGGUAGAACUGAAUAUCUGGGAUUCUUCCGCGUUAAUAGAUCGAUUACUAGGUCGAAAUUCCAUUCUUUCUUUCAUUCGUAAGGGCAAUGUUGUAUUAGGUAUAAUAAAUACUUGACAACCACGCGUAGUUCCUAACGCUAAGCGUCUCUGAGAUAAAAAUUGUAAUGGUUAAAGAGAAGAAAAAUUGUAUAGUGUCGUACGACUACUAACCGAUUGUCUAAUCAAAUAAUUCGUAUAGAUUACGAUUAGUAGAGUCAACCUCAUACGGAUAUCAUACGUCAUCGGUAAUAUAAUCUAUAUUCAGUCGUUCCAUAAAUAAUGCCGUUUUUCAAUCAAUCAACGAGUUAUUUUUAUUUUUAUCCGUCGAAUACCAACCACUUUUCCUUUACGUAAUUCGAAAUAAUCCAUAAGUUAUUUAUGGAACGAUCUAAUAACUAACAUCGACGAACGAAUCAUCAGAAUUGUAUGCAAGCUGCUUAUGUAUUGAGGUUACAAUCGCGUCUGUCUCGUCUCGAACGCAAAUGUAUGCACGAUGCAUGUAAAGAAAAAGUUUCGAUCGAGGAAUACGUAAGGAAGCGUGUACGUUCGCUAGCAUAGACACGUUUUGCAUGAUAGUUCUAUCAUAGGGACAUCAAUUACAAUAAAAUUACUGUUUCGAUGUUACUCGACUGUUUGAUUUCUUUUUUUGUAGGAACGGGGAAGCGACGGAAAGACUCCAAUGACGUUGUCUUAUUGAUUUCAAAACAUAUCUGUAUGACUUUAAAGUCGACGCUUCGUAAUAUCUUCGCAUCCCCGUGCUCUUCUCGAGAUUUACCCUACGUUUCUCGCAUCCUUCGCGCUUCCUCUGAAUUAUUUAAGACAGCUACGUGAUUGGCCGACAAAUCCGGUAUGCCUCAAUAAUUUACCAAUCAUACGCGGUCCUUUGUGUUUUAUACGCCACGUUUCGUAUAAAUCGCAUUGCGUAUUCAGGAGAACGAGAUCC